AUCGACUCCCGCAUUAAUGUUCCGCAACAAGAUCCUAAUCCGCGCCUCUCCCUCCUCUUCCUCCAAUCUCUUCCUCCUCCCCCUCUCCCUCUCCCUCUCCCUCUCCGCCCCCCUUCCUCCUCCCACCCUCUCCCUCGACCUCGAAACCCUAUGUUGGAAGCUCUCCCGUCAAUGGCGCCUUGCGUGCCUCCUCCAACCCUCCCACAUCCUCCUCCUCUACCAGAGAGCUCAAUCCGAUGCCGUCGCUCGAGUUGUCGCUGAGCUCGCCAAAGCCCUACCCUCCAUUGAGGUCGGGGAAGAAGAAGAGGUGAAGUCGGAAUCGCUCAUUGCUAAAGCGGUUGAAUGUGGGCUACGAUCUAUUAUGCUUGAUCAAAAAUGGACUUGUGUGGGGAACAACACUUUUGUGGAAUCAACCUUUAGUUGCAGUGAGGAGAGAAGUAAUCUAUGCGCCAUUAAUGUGCAAGUUCAGUCGGAGAUGGAUGAAUUUGUAUUUCUUCUCUCCCCUGAUGUUCUUCGAUUCACCCGACAUAAGAUCUCAGAUUUACUUAGCUCCAAAAUGAUGGAAAGGUUUGAGAAUAAGAAGGAAGUCAUUUUGGAGGAAUCUAAUUUUCUGACAUCUUGCACCACUCUCCCUUUGCUUUAUGAGGGGCAUGUGAUAGGGUUCAACAAGGUGGCCCCUUCUGGAGAAAGUAUUGACAAGCUUAUGGCACUUUGGUCAUUCAAGCAUGGCUUAAGAUUGGCCAGCGAUCACUUCAUCGCAGUUCAACUUGCUUAUGGUUGUGGAAAGAACAUGCAAUGGUUACCAUCUUCUUUUGUUCUCCGAGGCUCAGGGUUUGCUCCAGCUACACAAACUAUUAGAAGCACAAAGGCUAUGAAUGCUUUGGAGUCAUUCAUGAAAGUGCUUGAUGCUUGGGAUUUCUUCAGUCAAGAUUUCUUAAUUGUCAAGGAACUUCUAUCUGUUGGUAAUGCUAUAAGCAGUGGUACAAAACUACCGACUUGGGAAAAGGCCACAUGUAACUUGGCAUAUUGUACUGGAAAAAGCAAUAAUUCUAAUGAUAGCCGUGUCUUCACUCAUACAAGUAUUGCUUCAAAGGUUUCUUGUUUAGCUCUAGAUUUUCACACCCCAAGGCCAGCCUUGGUGAAUGCUACUUGUGAUAAAUCUGUGGAGCUUACUGAAAUUCAAGGAAGUGUUAUAUCAUUGCUCAAGAAUGAUGUAGAAGUUGUAGCAAAUGUUGUCAAUAGAAUUUCUAAACCAAAUUCAACUUGUACAUGCCAACCGCCAGCCAUUAAAAGCACCAAUUUGGCUAAUGGGCCAGACCAGUAUCGGGUGCCUUCAUUUACUACAAAGAAAAGAACAGAUGUACACAAAGAUGUCGACAGUCCCAAUAAACUAACGCAUGCUGAUUCUGAAUCUUCAACAUGCAAAUUUGCACUGGAAGAAGACACUUCAAUAAAAAGAGGAGUCAAUGUGCAGUCUGUUAGUUCUGAAAAUUCUCAAAGGAAGAAUGAUGCUUUUCUCAGCAGUAAUUCGUCAGGAAAUCUUGCAAAAGUGACACAAGUAGGUGCUUCAGGGAAGAGGAACUCAUCCUGCAAAAAGAAGAUAAGACCCUUUCCCUUAUUUUGUUUUGCUUCUCAUUUUUGCAAGACUAUUAAAUUAUUGUGAAAUAUCUGUUUACUUUAAAAUCGAAAAUAAACUAUUACUUGCACUGCUAUCAUGUGCAAUUUUCACCAAAAAUCUCAUCAAAUUAGAUAAACCUAUUCAAUCAAAACCUAUUCUAGGUAAUUCUUGCAUUUUAUGUUUCUAUGAAAGAAUUCACUAGGAUACCGUGUGAUAGCUAUUUUGUUCUGUUUGAUAAGUACUCUACAUUUUGCAUUAUAAAUAUUUCAAGAGACCUGAUAAUCAUUUGAUUAUUCACAAACUGAUGGGCAUAAAAUGCUACUUCAAGGCCAUGCGAAUCUGUGAAAUUGCUUAUGGUCCGUGACUAGCGCCACACUGCCACCAACAUCUCCACGAUGUCGCUAGCGCGGCGGCAGCGAUGGAGCUCAUGUUCUCAUCGUGUGGCCACCACACACACACAC